AUAAAAAGUUAUCGGACUUAAAUAAUAACCUUCGGCCCGCCACCUUGUGUGUGAUGUGAGAUUUGGCCCGCUGGGUAAUUGAGUUUGACACCCCUGCUUUAAAGUCAUUUUUCGUCAUUUAAUUUACUAUACGGUCUAUACCCAUCGAGUUCAUAUUUUUUUUUAAAAAAGAGGCGGAGAAGAGGGGAGAAGAGCAGGGCAUACAUGCGAUCUCCUUAUAAACAAACUAUUGUCACCGCCAGCCUUCAUUUAAACGGAUAUACAACUGACAAUUAGGGAUUGGCAGUGACACAUCGCCGUCCAUUGUGCAAGUACAGUACAUAUAAUUACAUGUAGGUCUACAAGCUACAAUUAAUUAAACGACGCGGAUUUAUGAAAUUUUAUAGUGAUUUUGUGCAAAUUGUCAAUCGCAGGAAUCAAAGAGUGGUGAUCGAGCUACUGAAAGGACUUAUGUCAUUAGUAAAUGUACAACAAUCAUAGAGAUAGUUUUACCACCCACGUGCAGCCAUAGAGUAACAAUCACAACUUGUGCAGUAGGUGCAGGGAGUGUAUGUAUAUCUGUAGGUUGCUCAAGUGCGCAUGCUCGAGUGAUUGGCGCAGUCUUCCUGUGGAAACAAAAUGUGGUAUGUGUGGCACUUUCACAGAGAAAGUUAUGAUUCUACGUUUUCCAUGUGAAAAAAAAACCAACAGUGAAAUCAAAGGCCAGUAAACAGAGUCGGAAGUAAUCCUGCUUGAGAAUAAUGGCAAAACUAUUGGGCAGUUUGCUCCUUCAGUUCUCUGACAUUGGAGGGCAAAGAAUCCAUGAUGAUGAUGCUGUGGAUCAGCUGAACCACUGGGCCACUGUAGGCCUGCUUAUGGCACUAGCAUUGGGAACUGGGGCCAAACAGUUUGUUGGCACACCUAUCCACUGCUGGUUACCAGCUGAGUACAAACACAAAAUGUACCAAGGGUAUGCUGACAGCUACUGCUGGAUAAAUAGUAUGUACUAUAUUCCUUUCAAUGAGGCUAUUCCAUUUAGCGAAGAGGAUCGAUGGGAGUUUGACUUCAACUUUUACAGGUGGGUGACAGUGAUGUUUCUGAUACAAGCCCUCUUGUUCAAGCUUCCCAAUUUGAUCUGGAGUGAGCUGAAGGGCUAUUCUGGCCUUAAUGUCGAAAAGAUUGUUGCCAUGGUACAAGAAACAUCAGUGAUGCCUGAAGAAGAGCGUGAAAAGAAACUUAGCCAUGUUGCAGUGUUUAUGCAUCACUGGUUACAAACUUACCAGCAGUACCGAUUCAGUGUUAUUACUUAUUUUCGUGAGAAAUUUUCACGCCUAUUUUUCUGCUUUGGAAAGCGUACUGGCACAUAUCUCACCGGCCUGUACAUGUUUGUGAAGAUUCUAUAUGUUGGUAAUAUCAUUGGCCAGUUUUUCUUCUUGUCAGCAUUUUUGGACUGCAACUACUGGAGCUUUGGUGUCAAUGCAACACAAGAGUUUUUCAACAAAGGAAAAUGGCAGGAUCAUGUCACAUUCCCAAGAAUAGGCUUGUGUGAUUACAAAAUUCGACAGAUGGCCAAUGUCCAGACAUUUUCUGUCCAGUGUGUGCUGUCAGUGAAUCUUUUUCUGGAGAAGAUAUACCUGCUUUUGUGGUUUUGGAUGAUUGGUCUGCUUGCAGCCAAUGUGAUAAACCUUGGAAUGUGGUUCACUGAUAAUGUGCUACCAGGGCGUACAGAACGUUUCAUGGGUCAGUAUGCAAAGCUACUGGACAUUACUAAUUCCAGUGACAAGACACGUUUCAAGAUAUUUGUUUUCAACUAUCUCCGUAAUGAUGGUGUGUUUAUCAUUCGCAUGUUAGCUAAAAAUUGUGGUCACAUACCCUCUUUGGAUCUUGUGAAACAACUCUGGAUCACAUUCAGCAAGGAUCUUGAAAGACGAGAUCGCAGACAUGCUCAAAAUGGUACUCCCAGGAUGUUGCCAAGUGCUCCAGGAGAACUUGAAAUGUAGAAUUGUCAGCAUCAGUGAGCAGACAGUUUGUCUUUGGCUUAAAACCAACCUAAAAAUUUGAAGUCUGCAAAAGGAAAUCAAAAGGAACAGGAAUCAGAAAAACCAUGAAGUCUUGAUUUUUGUGGAUGAGAGAGAGGACCCACAAGUCCUGGUGUUCAGUUGUAUAGAAAACAUUUGUCCACAAAAAAAUGUUCAAUUUAAUAGAAAUCACUACAAAACAUUACAAUUUAUAAUACUUCUAAGUAUUAAAUGAGUUUACUUUUAGUUUUCUUUUUAAACAAGCCUUAUUCCAAGCUUUAAUAAGUGCUAAUCAAGUGAAAGAAGAAGCAGAAAAGCUUGUAAGCUUUUCACUGUGCAGCCAGCUAGCAUUUUGGCGGCUGGGUUUUAAACUAUAUUAUUGAUAAAGUAAUAAUAAAAAAUCUGUUGUGUUAGAGCAUUUCUGAUGUUGGAAAUGCAUUUUAGUUGCAAGCAGCUGAUAACAGUUAUUUUUCUGUAAUUAAGUUUUUCACAAUCUUAAGUGUUCACGUCAUAUGCAGAAAUUGGAUGUGCAAUAUGUUGUAAGGUUUUGUGCAUCAGAUAUGCAUGAACAAUGUAAAGAACAAAAGGGCAUUAUAAGGUUGAAGUAGGAGAAGACAGAAGAGCCAAAAGUUCAAAUUAUAUACACAACUGCAGCAAUGUAAAACUUUAACUUGCUGAAGGGUGUAAGUUAACUGUAGUAUGUUUUAUUUAUUUUUUUUAACUUAAAAUGCUAAAUUUUUUUUCUAUCUGUAACUUUUUUGAAAAUAAUUAUUUUGAAAUUUAUUUUGGUAGCUAUGAAAUUGCUCUCCAUAUAAAUGUAUGUGUGAGGGGAAGUAACUAUUUUGUGUGCCUUUUAUAAAGGCAGUUAUGAGCAGAGCCAAUUGAACUUGCAAACUUUUAUCCAUUUCCAUUAGUUUUCGCAAGUAGCUCAUUAGCAUAUUAUGUCUUUAAUAUGUAGCUCCAUGCAUAUCAUGUCUAAUCAUUUUAGUUAGCCAAUGAUGCAUUUGUUAAAUAUUUUGUUUGUACCUGCUUCUUGAUCAAAAGUACUUUAUACAAAAGAGAGGCUUUAAUAAAUUUUGUUUAGAAUGGAUUACAACAGCAAUAGUUGUUCCAUUUUAAUCCUGUUGUCAAGAAAACUGGUGCUUUUUAAUGUCUUUGUUAUUAUUAUUAUUAGAUGUACCAUGGAAAAAGUUAAUGCAUUGUUUUUAUUCUGAACGUCUCUACAUAGCUAGUUAGCAGCAAACAUGAUUUUACCAACUGGUAGAUUAUGUACAAUAGGGGCAAGCAAUUUUUAAAUGUGCAUUUGCAUUCUGCUUUAACUUUCUUGAUGAAUAUCCACUAUUACUUAGCUUCCACAAACACUGAUCUAUAAUAGAAAGCUUAUUAAACUGGUCUGUUUAAGAAAAGGAAAUAGUUGUGUGUACUGUUUACUUGCAGUUCAUCAUCUUUUCAUUCACUACUAGCUUUUAUCUUUUGAUGAACGAGCUUUGCCCUCUCUAACUCUAGCAUUUGAUAAAGGGGAGAUGGGUUGGGUUAUCUCUCACAGUCUCAGGUAAUUAGUACCUUCUGUUGAAAAACUGUUUCACCUUACACUUUUAAAAAAGUUAAUGUGCUUAGAAGUCUCACACUAGUUGUAGUAGUAAUCUGUGAUGUCUGAAAUUAGUGAUGAGGUAAAUCUGUUCUUCCACUGACCACUCUUUUUUUUUUUUAAAUCAGAACACUUUUUGUGACAACAAAUUAACGGCACUAUUAACAACCCAACCAAUGUGAGUUUAAUUUUUAGUUUUGGGUUAGCUUCUGACUCAAACUCUGAAAGUUUGCUGCUGACCUACAGUUGGAUUUACAAUUGUUUUGAAAAUUUUGUUUUUAAGAACUGUGUAUUCAAAAGCAGAAUUGGUGGAUAAGCAUCUUGACAUUUUUCAUAUGUCAUCAGGAACAAAUUAUUCCUGCAAUGGGAACCAAAUGAAUCACCCCUUAAAAUGCACAAUGCUCAUUGAUAUUUUAGUAAUUGUAAUAUUUUGCAUUCAUUAAAAAUGCUAUAGAUUUACAAUCUUGUAUUUACAGAUUAACGUAACUGUAAAAAAAUUGCUUCUAUGGAAAAUUUUUUUAAUUUCAUAUUUUGUCAACAUUCAUAUUCAAAAGUUUGUAUGUGAUCUGUUAUUCAUAAUACGCUUUUUAAAAUGGGGUAAAAGGCAUUUUUUACCCAUUUGUUUUUUUCUUGGUAUGCUCCUCCACAUUCAUGGUAGUAAAUAUUUGUCUUUCUUUGCGAGUAGAACAUGCAUGCAUUGACAGUUACAUCAGUUGUUACUUUUAUAUGCUUAAGUGCAUAAAAUCUGCUCCAUGAUGUGCCAAAAUAUAAACUUGUACUAAAUGUUAUUUGUCAAUAAAUUGCACACUUAUGAAUUGG